UUUCUGACAGAGAUCCAAGGUUUACUUCAAGGUUUUGGCAGACUCUACAUCAGGCGUUGGGAACGAGAUUGAGGUUGAGUUCCGCCUAUCAUCCACAGACAGAUGGUCAGUCGGAAAGGACAAUUCAGUCACUAGAGGAUCUUCUGAGAGCUUGUGUGUUGGACCAUCUGGGUAGCUGGGAGGAGGUGUUGCCAUUGGUAGAGUUUACCUAUAAUAAUAGUUAUCAUGCGAGUAUUGGCAUGGCACCUUUUGAGGCUCUAUAUGGCAGGAGGUGUAGGACUCCAUUAUGUUGGUAUCAGGAGGGUGAGUCAGUAGUGGUUGGUCCAGAGUUAGUUCUUCAGACUACUGAGAUGGUGAGACAGAUUCAGGAGAGGUUGAGAGCUACUCAGAAUCGACAAAAGUCUUAUGCUGAUAAGAGGAGGAGACCUCUAGAGUUUGAGGAGGGAGAGCAUGUGUUUCUCAGGGUGACACCCACUACUGGAGUGGGAAGGGCUGUAAGGGCCAAGAAACUCACACCGAAGUUCAUUGGUCCUUAUCAGAUCCUUCGUCGUGUAGGUCCAGUAGCUUAUCAGUUGGCGUUACCUCCGAUUCUGUCCAACCUGCAUGAUGUGUUUCACGUUUCACAGUUGAGGAAGUACAUCAGAGACCCGAGUCACGUGAUAGAGAUGGAUGAGGUGCAAGUUAGAGAAAACUUGACUUACGAGAAGAGACCGGUAGCUGUAAUUGAUCACAAGUUGAAAGAGCUUCGAGGCAAGUCUAUUAGCUUAGUGAAGAUUCUUUGGGAUGCAGCUACUAGUGAGGCAACCUGGGAAGAAGAGAGUCGGUUCAAGGAACAGUAUCCAUUCCUCUUUUCAGGUAAGCCUAUUUUCGGGGACGAAAAUUCUUAUUUGUUGGGGAGUAUUGUAACAUUGUAAAAAAAAAAAAAAAAA